AUGAAAAACGCACGCAUUUUGCGCAGUUGCAACAUUUUGUUGCUGCUAACGGGUUAUCAGCUGCAUUGGUUCGAUUUGAAGCAGCAGCGCUAUCGCCUGGCCUGGCCCUGCGCGUUGCACAUUCUGCUGCUGUGUGGCAUCUACGCCGCGUGCUUUGCGCAGCAUUUUGAGCGCAGCUCGUUGCUGCAACUGCUGCAUGAUGUGUCGCCAUUUCUGCACGGCUUGACGCGCUUGCAACUGCUGCUGGGACUCAAAGUGUUUGCCUAUGCGCUGUACGCCUCGCUGCGCGUAGUGGGCGUGGCCAGCGAGCUGACAACGCUGCUGCCACUGCAACGCGGCAGAGCCAAAGUGCAGCAGCAGUUGCAAGCGCUGGCGCUGCUUUGUGGCAGUUUGCUGCUGCUGCUAAGCUUUGGCAUCUACAUUGGCUACGAGCUGAACUUUGAGCUGCCGCCGCGGCAACAUGUCAUGAUUGCUGCAGCGCUGUUUAUGCCACACUUGGCCCUGGCUGGCGCGCUGCGUUUCUACAACAUGCUCAGCUGGCUGUUGCAACAGCAGCUGCAGCAGCUACAGUCGCAAGUGGCAACCAGCAGCGAGCUGGAGCUGCAAGCUCAGUGGCAACUGCUGCAGCAACUGACGCAACAUUUUGCGCGUCUCUUCAACAACGUGCAACAUUCGCUGCUGCUGCUGCUCUCACUCAAUUUCAAUUGCCUGCUCGCUGCUGUGCACAGUUUUGUUUUCUAUCGCAGCAGCUGGCACUUGCUCUUCGAUGAGCGUCAUCGGCGCAUCUUCUAUGCGGGCAAUGCCUGCAUCUACGCCUGCAUCUGCUCGGACUAUGCCACGCUGCUCUGGACGCAGCACUCGCUGCAGCAACAGUUCAUGCUCCAGCUGCAUGCGCUGCUAACUCCCAGACACUCGUCAGUGCUUAGCAAACGCUUGCGCCAGCUGCUCAAGGAUAUGCGUGAUGUCCUCUACGAUGCCUUCAAGUUUAAAUUCCUCGCCAUCUGGCGCUUCAACACUGCGCAGUUUACUUUGCUCCUGUGCCUGCAGCUGCUUGGAAUCGCGGUCAUUGUCGUCUAUCAAUAUCUAAACGAUGCUGUUCUACAAACAAAUGAGCGCUUGGAUAGCAACGCCGAUGAUGAUUAG